AUGUAUUAACAACAUUCUCAUGAUAUAGUAAUCAGCAAAGACAAUAGAAAUGCUUAAAGUGCCAACAAGUCGAGAAGUAGACAUUCGCCCUAUAACUUAUACCAGAAUCUAACACACAAGAAUUCUAGUCACUCCAAAGAUCACUCUCUCUUUCCAAGUUUAUCAAAUAUUUUUAUUCAUAGUCAACAAAAUAAACACCAAUCAUGACUAUUAACCAUCCAUCGAUGUGCAAGACCUGAGCAGACCAUCAUAAUCCAGGCAAUCUCACAAAAGAAAUAAAACCGAUGCUGACAGAUCAACUAACUUAAACAACAGGAUCUCCUUAUUAAGUAGAUAAAUAUUCAAUUACAUAAGGAAACGAUGCAAUCCAAAGAAAUAGUUAGAGUACACUAAAUAAGAUUUCAACAAAUAAGAUUAACAGACUCAGAGCAGUUAAAUUGAAUUAAACAAGGUUUUUUAUUUACAAUAUAUAGAGUACAAAGAGACAUCUUGGAUAGAUACAAUAAAUAACACAUUAAACUCGAUUUCGAAGACUAAUAAUUAAUAAAACCUAACAAUUAUCUAAGUAUUGUAUAUAGGGAAAUAUUAGUAAUUAAUUCCUAUGCCAACGACAAAGACAGGCUCUCCUAUGAAGGAUCUCGUUAAGAUAGUCAACAAAAACAAAGAAAUGAAUCAAUAAGUUAUACCGACUCGAAAUAAUUUAAAUAAUCAACAAUUAAAUAAAUAUAAGAUUUUCACUCAACCAAAUUAGAGUAAUUGCAAUUCAUUUAAUCAAAUUAGUUAAGUUAAUCUAAAUAAGCAAGAGGAUUACAUGAAAUUUUCCUUUGGCUUUCAAUGCACUAAGAUCAAAUCUACUAAAAAGUUCCCAAAGGAUAUAUUUUACAAUGAUGUAAGGAAAGCAAAAAAAUGUCUAUCAAAUUAAUGA